AUGUGCAGGGCUAAGUAUUUGUUCUCCCUCGCCGUGUGUGUGAUUGUCCUCCUGAUGAAGGGACACUCCUCGAGCAAGUGCACCCGUGGCGAGAUCCCCCAGGGGAAGCUCACUCUUUUUCUAGAAACAAAGCUGGCCGACUUGGCAAUAGCCGAUCCCCCCUACACCGUUUUCAAUUUCGCAACGGAAGCUGCCAACACCACUGAAGUGUUAGAGGAUGAGCUCAGGAGAAAGGAGAACAAAGCCAUGAGGCGAUUCAGGCACGAUUUAAGCGAAAAGAAGGAACGAGCCUCAAACUUUCUAACCAGCCUUUUGAAAAAUUCUCUGGAGUUUUUCGACUCCGAUUAUAAAAGCAGCUGA